AAUCGAAAUUUUGUUUUUACUCAGCUCUGAGAGUAUUUGAAAACAUUUCCGAACGUCAUUAGUAGUAUGAAGGAUUUAAUCGAGAAUCGAAACUACUUUCCCGGGAAUUUACCUUUCGCUUUAUAACGACUUGGUCAACGUCAGCCAGAAUUACAGCAUAUCGAUGAAAAGGCUUAGUAACUUUGAGUUAUCGUUCUUUAUUGCGCAACUUGUCUCUUCAGAAAUGGUUAUUCUCACGAACAAGUGUUGACAUUUCAGGUGAUAAUGACCCAGAGUAAACAACGAUGCUUACUUAACGCUAUAUCAACAAACGACGUGGAACAGUUUGUUAGUUUGUGUAAUGGUGGAGUAUGCAGCCUCAACAAACCUGUUCACAUCAAGACUGAUGAUGGAGAAUGUGCAACAUGGCCACCCCUCUGCUAUGCUGUUCACUGUGGCAUUGUGGAUAUUGUCAAGUAUUUAAUCAACAAAGGAGCCAAUAUCAACUGUCAGGGCUGGGUAUCCAAAAGUGGUGUCCGAGAAUACUUCAAUCCAUUAUUCUUAGCUUGCAAGGACAAGAAACUAGAUAUGAUCAAGCUAUUGGUUUCUUCAGGAGCCAAUGUGAACUGUCAAAUCCCAGGAAAUCAAAUAGAAGAAGAAGAAGGAGGCAGCCUGGACUACAGAGAUGUACAGAACACUUGUCUACAUUGGGCUGUACAAUAUGGUCACUUAGAAGUUGUUCAAACUUUACUUGAAUGUGGAGCUGAUGUUAACAUAUUAAAUAGUUUUAUGGAGACCCCUCUACAUCUUGCCUGUGAUUACUAUCACCCACUUAUUUUGAAGAACUUAAUAUUUUAUGGUGCCAUAUCUAAUAACAGAAACCAUGCUGGGUUGACACCUCUUGCUAUUUUAAUGUCAUGUGAAGCUGGUAAUAAUUUACUAGAUGAGCGCAAAUACAGCAUUCGAUUGCUGGUUCGUGCUGGUUAUAAUCUUCAGACUGAUACUUGUUGGCAGCACAUGGUUUCUUGUAAUAGUGCCUUCCGUGACACAUCGGAUUCAUUUCCUGACAAACCAUUUAUUCUCACACUACAGAAUGUUACAUGCAACCCUAACAGACUCCUACACAUAUGUCGCUUACAAAUUCGGAAGUUGUUGCAUUACAAAAUUGCUGCUUUCCAAUUUUUACCAAUUUCAGAGAAUACGAAAGAAUCCCUCACUCUACCUGACUGUUGCCUUAAUCUAUCUGAUGUUGUAGCCUCUACAAACUGAUUGGUCUUCAAAUUUCACAUACAUACAUACACACACAUAUGUGCUUCAAGCUGGAUUUUUAAUCUGAAUGAAUGUUUCUCAUUUAAUGCUACUUUUUUAACAGUUCCAACUGGAAGUGAUAAUCAAUGGAAUAUUUUCUUUUCCAGAUGGAAGUGGAUUUAGUGUGACUCUUAACUUAAUUAUUAAUAAGUUCAUGAUGCUUCAAAUACUAUGCCCUUAUUGAAAGAAAAUAAAAACAAAAAGAUGAACAGGCUCUAAAGAUUCUUUACAUGUAAACAACAUUAUUGCAUGCAAGUAAUUAUAAUAAGACAGUAUUGGUGCAGAAUUAUAGACAUAUGUUAGAAAAUUUAAUAUUUUUACAUCAAGCGUAUUCCUACCCUUAAAUAAACAGUAAAAGACUCAUAAAUAUUUUUACUGCAUUUUUGAAAAUUUAGCUGGUAUAAGGUUAGAAUGUUUUGUUUUUACUUUGCAACCUGAUGGUUUCAUGCUUAACUCCCUUCUUCUACACCUUUGGAUAGUGUUUCCAACCCUAGUCUUGUGAGCAAAAUUUAGUUGUCAGAAUCUGUGCCAAAACUUAUCAGAUGUAUAUAGAAAAAAACAGCAAGCCACCACCUAUGAGUAAGUAUGUCUUGGUAAUGUUCUAGCAUGCUUUUGCUAAUUGUUUUAGGUGCCUGUGUAGUUAUUAAUAGACAUAGAGACAUGGAAGAUUCAUGAUGUGACAAUUGGUGUGUGGGUAUGUGUAGGGAGAGAGAGAGAACUGCCAACAUCUGGCUGGUUCUCAUCAUAGCUAGGUAGACUGGUGUAAUGUGAAAUAAAGUGCCUUGCUCAAAGACACAAUGUGCCACUCAGUGCAAGAACUGAUCUCGUGACUGUAUGAUAAAUGAGCCAAACACUGUAAUCACUGGCUCUCACACUUUCACACCCAUACACAUGUGUAUGUGUGUGCCUGUGUUGUAAUGACAUGGAAAACAAAAUCACAGUGUUGAACAAAAAA